AUGGAGCUUGAGCGCGCCUUCUCCGGGGCAACCGUUCACGAUAUGUUCAAUAUGCUGAGCGUUUUGGUCUUGUUGCCGGAGGAGGUUAUCCUCGGCGCCAUCACCGGAGACGGCGGCAUUCUGUACUACAUCUCAAAGGGAAUCACCGAUGCAGCCAUGGGUGGUGGGGGCGGUGACAUCACCUUUACAUCUCCCACCAAAUUCAUCGUCAGCCCGUUGACGGAUGUCUUUGUGGACCCGAACAAGGACGUUACCAAGGCCCUUUCCCUGGGUCCGCCCCAGGCUACUGCUAUGCCGGCGGGAAUGACGGGCUGCCCGACCGACAUGGACUGCAGCAACUACUUCUGCGUCUCUUCGUCCAUGAGCAAGAACUGGAAGAAGGUGGACAAGACUGGCUACGGAAACCUCCAGACAUGCAGCGACGUGUUCCCGCUCGGGACCUUCGAUUGUGGCUCGAACACCUGCUACAUGGAGGCAGACAAGUUCUACACGCAGUCGGUCGAGGCCGGCACCAUUUUGGAUGAGGGCCUUUUCAGCGGCGCUGGGGAUGUCGGCGGUGGCAUCUUGGGCUUGAUCUUCUCUCUGCUCAUCAUUUGUGGCACCUUGUUCUGCUUGGUGAAGCUCUUGCACACCUUGGUCAUGGGCACUGCGAAGAAGGUCAUCAUGCGGGCAACAAACAUGAACGAUUAUGUUGCCAUGCUCGUGGGUCUUGCAAUCACCUUCGUCGUGCAGUCCAGCUCCGUUACCACGUCAACCUUGACUCCGCUUUGCGGCGUCGGCGUGUUGUCGGUGGAAAAGAUGCUUCCCAUGACCCUCGGUGCCAACAUCGGAACCACCUUCACCAGCAUGUUGGCCGCGUUGGCCGUCAUGAAGCCAGACAGCUUGCAGAUUGCCUUCGUCCACCUUUUCUUCAACAUUACCGGAAUCCUGAUUUGGUUUCCGGUGCCAUUCAUGCGCCAAUGGCCUAUUAAGGCCGCCUGCCUGCUGGGCUUCUACGCUUCAUACUGGCGCCUGGUGCCGCUCAUCUACAUUCUCGUGAUGUUCGUGACAGUGCCAGGUGUGGCCCUGGCGAUCUCCCUCCUUUACGGAGCCAGUGUUGCUGGUGGCAUUGUGGUCACGCUGCUAGCGCUGGGCGCCAUAGCCGGCUUUGUGGCGUGGUGGUGGAUGGGCGGCUGCUACAAG